AUGCCUUGCCAGCUUAUUCUACUGCCAUGUCUCCUUUGGGAUCCAUUAUCGCUUUUUACUGAAACGCCUGGAUCCUUUUCUUUACUCUUUGAUUCUUUUGCUUCUUGUCUAUUCCGAGGUUUACUGCAAUUAAUCUUUCCUAAACUUGUGCUAUCAUUCGCUUUUUCGUCUCUUUUCGUUCCUUUCUUUCUUUUUUCUUUCUUUCUUUCUUUCUUUCUUUCUUUCUUUCUUUCUUUCUUUCUCAUCAUAAUAACUAUUCCAUCUUUAUGUCAUUAUCUAUCUAUCUAUCUAUCUAUCUAUCUAUCUAUCUAUCUAUCUAUCUAUCUCAUUCUAUUCAUAUCCAUCUACCUAUAUCAGUCUGUCAUAUCUAUCUAUCUAUCUAUCUAUCUAUCUAUCUAUCUAUCUAUCUAUCUCACCUUAUUAAAUAUUUCAUCGGUUCAUUAUAUCUAUCUAUCUAUCUAUCUAUCUAUCUAUCUAUCUAUAUAUCUAUCUAUCUAUCUAUCUGUCUAUCUAUCUAUAAACAUAAUUAAUACAAAACAAAAGUAA